UUAUCACUGCAGGUCCAGUGUCUGACUUUGAGAGAAAACAGAUCUGCUCACGUGUCCUAUAGACAGAAUCAUACUUGCAGACUUGCAUCCAAAACCUCUUGAAUAAUAAGGAAUAAAUCGGACCUUUUACAUUUGUUGCAAGACAAAGAAUACUGGAGACAUCCCAGGUAAACUAAAUAAGGAUUUGGGAUUUCCCCAAUUAACUUGACACUGCAGACUAUAAAAUAAUCUUGACUCAUGGCUCAAACAGACAAGAUAUCAACAAAGAAGACUUUCAGGACAUAACGUGGUGUACUGAAAAGGUGAUUUUAUCAAGAAUGUGAAUUUGCUCAGUUUUUUGUUGGUAAUCCUGCAUUUUGAUUUCUUGUGGAAAAUGUGAAAAAAUUGUCUGAAUCACAACUUUGUCUGGAUCACUGUUUAAGGACAUGUUUCCCCCCUGCUACUUACUGGAUCUAACUUUGUUGCUGUAUUACAAUUAAAAGGACAAAUCUUCUCAUAAAUAAUUCAGUUCACGCAGAAAGGUUUUCAUUACAGUUUUUUUUUUUAAUUGGAAGACUAUUUUAAGAGGACUUUGGCUGCAGGUCUGUCUGUGGUACUCUAAUAAAUCAACAUGGGGAUUGCAUUUUUUUGCAUUUUUUCUCUUCUGGCUCUUCCAGUACUUCAGUCUGCCAAGAUCCUGACUGUCUGUCUAAUUGGAGGAAGCCACUACUUGUUAUUAGAUGAAAUUUCUCAUAACUUACACCAGCAUGGCCAUGAGGUCCGCAUGCUCUUACAACUGGGCAACCCUGUUAUUACAGGUUUUUCCUAUGGAGGCCGUGCAGACAGUUACCAGAUGAGCACCUGGUCCUUAGGAGAGAAAUACAUCCAAGAAUACAAUGGCUGGUUCCUAGAGCAACAAACCCAGUUUUUACUAGGAAGGGAUAACUUUAAUGCCUUUCUAAACUUCACGUGGCACCUGUCCUAUCAGUGUGACAAGCUGUUAGGGGACAAAAAGAUGAUAACAUUCCUCCAGAGGGAACACUACGACAUCACCAUCCUUGAUGCUUUUAACCCAUGUUCCUUCAUCCUUGCGCACAAACUUGGGGUCCACUACAUAGCUUUCUAUCCUGGCCCUCUGAACGGUCCUCUGUCCAUCGCUCUCCCCAGUCCAGUCUCCUACAUCCCAGUCUUCAGCUCACAGCUGUCGGACCACAUGAACCUCUGGGGUCGUGCAAAGAACCUCUUUUAUUCUUUCUUGGCUCCUGUAGGCCAGGAGCGUGUAUGGUCGACAUUUAGGCAAGUAGCUGAACGCCACCUCGAGUCAGGCUCACCUCCUGGUGGUCUGGAUGAGUUACAUCAAGGAGCUGAACUCUGGGCCUUCAACACUGACUUUUCACUGGAGUUCCCCCAGCCCCUUAUGCCCUACACUGUGCUGGUGGGAGGUCUGCUGAAUAAACCUGCAAAACCUGUGGAGCAGGAUCUUGAGUUGUGGAUCUCUAAUUUUGGAGAGGCAGGUUUCAUUGUCGUGACUCUGGGAUCAAUGGUCUCUUCAGUCUCUGUGGACCCUCUGCUUGUAGAGCUGGUGGCUGGCUUCUCCAGGAUCCCUCAGGGCGUGCUCUGGAGGUAUGACCACAAGCGAUGGCCAUCAAACCUGGACAGACCUCCCAAUCUCAGGCUAGUGGACUGGCUGCCUCUUAAUGACCUGCUGGGACACAAAAAAGCAUGUCUCUUUAUCACCCAUGGUGGACAAAACAGCCUGUUCCAGGCAUUGUACCAUGCGGUUCCUGUGCUGGGAAUCCCCCUGUUUGGAGACCAGUUUGAUAAUGUGGUGAGGGCUGAAACAAAGGGACUUGGCCUCACCAUCAACCCCACACAAAUCACCAGGGAACUGCUCAGCUCCACCAUUCAAACACUUAUACAGGACGUCAGGUUUAAGUCUUCAGCUUUGUCUCUUAGCAGGAUCCACAAAUCCCAUCCUGUCCCUCCAGGCCUUCGACUCAUUCAGUGGGUGGAGCACAUCCUGCACAGUGAAGGUGGAAGUCAUUUAAGGCCUGCUUCUCUGACACAACCAUGGUACCAGAGAUACCUGUUGGACUUGGUGCUUCUCCUCUUUCUGGGGCUUCUUGGACCUGUAGUUCUCUGCUGGACUUUCUGUAGGAACAAGAAUAGCAGGGACAAACACAAAAAAAUACAAUAGCAGUACUAAGCGUUUCCUCAGGGGUACUUCAGAUGUAUACCUCAGUUCUGUGUUGCUUGUUUAUCUUGGACUUGAAUGCUGUACCCAUAUGAGAAAAUAUAAUGAUGUACCCUAAAAUAAUGCAGUUAUUCAAUACAUAAACCACUCUUGUUGUAACUGAUUAUUACAAUUCUUCUCUAAAUACAUAAAAUUAAUGAGAGGAGGAGACCUUUGCUUUUACACAAGCGAUAAAUUCAAACUUCCUUUUCUGCUGUAGCCCCACCAGGCCCAGAAAGAUAUCCCUUCAGGACAAAAAUAUAACUAAGAAAAGGGUGUUUUUUCCAGAACAUUCAGUUUGAUUAUCAAAAGGAAAGCUGCAAAGUACUGCAAAGUGGUUUCAAUAUUAGUGUACAAAGAAAUGCAUUUAAAAACUUUUUUAUGCUGUUGCAUAAUUUUGUUUUCAUUUUGAGUACUUUUUGUAUACUGAAAAGAGUUUAAUUUUCAUUAUUACCACUUUCCCUUCAGUUGAAUAGCCAAAAUGCUAAGUGUCCUGCCCUCUACCCUCCAAGCGCCAUCAUGUCUACAGACCCUCAUUUGUACUGCAGCGCCACAUUGUCCAACACUCUGUGCUGCUUUGACCUGGCUGUGUUGCAAGCAAAGGGUGGUGACAGUACGCAUGCAAACACACACAUACACUAUAACUAAGCAAUGCUUUUGUGCUUUUGUAUUGCAUGUUUCCAAAUGGCAGCAAGCCAUGUUAGGGUAGAUGGAUGAAUGUUGACAAUGGUUUUGUGUGUUUGUUUAGUUCAGGUACAAAGUAGACAAAGUAUGUUGAUAGUCAUUGAAUAUAUCUGAAUCAUUAAAAAAAAUAUGCUCUGCUAGCAACGUUUGUAUGUGCCUCUGUGCAUGUGUGUGUUUGGGGCAGCGUUAUGGUCUACUGGCUCUUCAAUUAUUAACCACCUGCAAGUCUCAACUCUGACCCAUACACCCUCCUCUGCUGGUUUCCACUGAGUCUCCUUCCCCUUUCUAAACAAGAGACAAAAGCGAACAGCAAUGUUCACGGUCAGCGCUCAAGCCACUGUUGAGAGCAGGCCUUGGAGGACCCCCCCUCUCUGUUCUGUCCUCCCUCCCACUCCUCACAUCUGUGUGUGGGGUUAGCAGGGAGGAAAAUAUAGAUUAGCAAGGAAAUAAUGACCAAUUAGGACGGCUUGUACUCUGUCCAUUCAGCUGUCCAUUCUUUCAUUCCUUUCCUGCAUUUCAUUUGUCUGUUUGGCUGGCAGUUGCAGGUGCCACUGAGUCUUCCUCGGUCUCGCACGCAAUCCAAAACAGACACUGCAAAGCAGCCAAAGCAUGACAGGACCGGUGGAGGAAAAAAAGAAAGAGGCAAAAAAGAGAAACUUUAAUGAAGCAGAAAA